GCUGAACUAGAGCUUCUAUUGGGUGUUUCGCGUCUCCUCUGGUGCUUCAGAAUAGAAAAUGCAUCACCGUUAGGUAGAGACGGUAAACCAGUACCGAUUGACAUGGAAAAAAUACGGUUUGGUAUGACUAGUUGGCCCGAAAUAUUUCAUGUUAAAUUUGUAAAAAGGCAUGAUAAUGUUGAAAAAGUUUUGUUCAAAUCAAAUAGUAUAUAA